UAUCGUUUGUGUCGCUGCGGCUGCAUGAAAAUGGCGGAGGGUGAGCUGAACGUCGACAGCAUCAUCUCCAGACUGCUGGAAGUGCGAGGAUGCCGUCCGGGGAAGAUCGUGCAGAUGACGGAGGCGGAGGUGCGAGGACUGUGUAUUAAGUCUCGUGAGAUCUUCCUCAGUCAGCCCAUCCUCCUGGAGCUGGAGGCUCCUCUGAAGAUCUGCGGCGAUAUCCAUGGUCAAUACACAGACCUGCUGCGGCUCUUCGAAUAUGGAGGUUUCCCGCCGGAAGCCAACUACUUGUUCCUGGGAGACUACGUGGACAGAGGGAAGCAGUCGCUGGAGACCAUCUGCCUGCUGCUGGCGUACAAGAUCAAAUACCCUGAGAACUUCUUUCUGCUCCGUGGCAACCACGAAUGUGCCUCCAUUAAUCGCAUCUAUGGCUUUUAUGAUGAGUGUAAACGUAGGUUCAAUAUUAAACUUUGGAAGACUUUUACAGACUGCUUCAACUGUUUGCCCAUCGCCGCCAUUAUAGAUGAGAAGAUCUUUUGCUGUCAUGGAGGGCUCUCUCCAGAUCUGCAGUCCAUGGAGCAGAUCCGCCGCAUCAUGAGACCCACUGAUGUACCUGACACAGGCCUGCUGUGUGAUCUGCUCUGGUCAGACCCAGAUAAAGACGUUCAGGGGUGGGGUGAGAAUGACAGGGGCGUUUCCUUCACUUUUGGAGCCGAUGUGGUCAGCAAGUUUCUUAACCGCCACGAUCUGGACCUCAUCUGCAGAGCUCACCAGGUGGUUGAAGAUGGGUAUGAAUUCUUUGCUAAACGACAGCUUGUGACGCUGUUCUCUGCUCCUAACUACUGUGGGGAGUUUGAUAAUGCAGGUGGCAUGAUGAGCGUGGAUGAGUCCCUCAUGUGUUCAUUCCAGAUCCUCAAGCCAUCAGAGAAAAAGGCGAAGUACCAAUACGGAGGGGUGAAUUCUGGCCGCCCGGUCACUCCCCCUCGCACAGCUCAAGCCCCUAAGAAGAGGUGAACUUGUUGGUCCACUUUGAUCCACCGGCUCCUCUGAGAUCCUCCUACUUUUAUCUGGCCUGCAGUAGGCCUGUCCUCCAUACCACCAACCCAUUUCUCAUGUGUAUAUACAUUUUGCUGUGACCAAUGUUCUUUAUUUGCUUAUGUUUUAGGUGUUUCUGUUAAUAAUUGAUAUUAACUGGCUGUGUUUUUUCCAGUACUAUGAUGUGUUGCUCAACCUGGACUGUGCUUCAAAGUACAGCAAUAUCAGGUAAAUAAAAUGUGUGUUGGGUGGGAGGUUAGAGGAUGUGGGGUUAGGGCAGUAAGGUAAAAACACAAUCUGCCUUCAUUGCUAAAAGAUGUGUGUACAUUUGUGUUUUUGGAGCUAAGGGGCGUGAAUGUUCCUCAGUUCUUGUACAUAUUCUACUUUCAUCUAAACAAGGGAAAAACUGGGAUAAAUAAUUCCCAUGUGAAUCAUUCUUAUUCCUCUGAAGUAUUACCCAAACAACAGUGUUGUUUCGAAAGGCCUCUUUUCCGUUUCCCAUUGGACAAAAGAAUGUUUCUCUUCCUAAUGAGAUUAUCUGGUAAUAAGUUAACUGAAUACAGUGGUCCUAAAAAGUGUUUGGACACUUAAAAAUGUAUGAAUGUCAUUGCAUUAGCCAAGUGACAUCUGUGAACUAAUGGUGGUUGAGGAGUUUUUUUAUUUUAUUUUAUUAUUAUUAUUAACCUUUUCUUGGCCUUGACUUUCAAGCAACUAGUGCCAAGGUGAUUACUAGUGGAUGUAUGAAGUCAGUUCCUUUCAAGUUCACGUGGGUGUCCUGUAACCACAGGUGCAGUUUUUCACAUUAACUAUGGGCAUGUUCCAUUAAUCUCUGACAACCACAAAGUCUCCAGAUACUUUCUUCAUUUACACUAUUUAUUACCAUAUGAAACUUAAACUUCCUUUAUGAAUUGGAUUGCUUAAGUGUAUGUGCUAUCUUUUGAGAAAAUGUCACUUGUUUGGAAAUUUUCUUAUUUAGAUGUUAAGACAUGCCCUUCAUAGUCUAAGACACACCCUCUACACUGAAAACAUGCCCUUUAUCGUCUAAGACACGCCC